AUGGACAAACAUCUUGAUAUAGAAGACCAAUAUCCUACGACUAUGGAGAACGAAGAAGAUAAAUUCAUCAAUGACACAGUGGAGGACUUAUUGGUCAAAAUAGUUGACGUGGUAUGUGGGGAUGAUUUUCCGAUUGCCGAAACCGUAUUUCAUUCCUCAGAGACAUUCAAUAAAACUAAACAGAAUGCAAGGUCUAUCAAAGACCCGGCUCCGGCCACAGUGGAACAUAACCGUGGAGCAACCCCAGUAAUUUGCUUCAUUCCUCGAGGACUCAUCGCCACCUCGUAUAGUAGAGUAAAACGAUGGACUUGCCAACUACUAUGUGGUUGCUGCCACGUUGGGGAAGGGGUAGUUCAUGAAUAA